AUGUAUCUUGUGACAAUCUUAGGCUUAAUAAGUCUAAGUUUGGGUUUAGGACUUGCCCAAGAAGAUCAGAAAAAAGCCCUUGUCAACAAGUACAUCGAAUACCUUCGAACUGCCAACUCCGAAGGUUUGGCUGACAUUCUAGCUGAAGAUUUUGAGAUCGAUAGAUGUGGAAUCGACAAGAUUUCACGGGCAACUUUUCUAAAAUCGAUUUCCAAAUUGGAUAAAUCUAGAACCAGGCCGGUAAGAGGAUUUGCAUUUUUGGAAACUUCAGGAGAAGUUAAGCUAGAUGUUGAUGAUGGACUUACGGUUAAUGGAUUUGAGUUUACUGAAGAUUUGAAGAAGAUCAGUGGGGAGAUUAUUUCUCUGUGCGAUGACGAGAUUCCAAUUCACACUUCUCUUAUCAAUGAAGCUCUGGAGAUCGCAACAAAUCUGAUCUACACUCCUAAAAUUCACGAUGAUGUAAAAGUUGUUGGAUGUGGCCAAAAGAAACAUAAAUCAUCGAAUCUUUUAAGAGCAAUCCCAAUAGAUAAUUUCAAGCGAAUUCUAAUUAAUGACGAAGAACUUCAUCGUGAUGGAAGUGUUAGCUUCACAUUAGAUUUUUUGGAAGAAGAUUUGACAAAAGUUAUGACAUCUAUAAAUUAUCAAGUUGCUCCAAAUCAAAGAGUGAUUUCAGAAGAACAAUGGCUGAGUUGUGAUGCUGAUUUCUAUCCAGGGUUAAAAUCUGAAGAUCUUGAAUUUGACAAGGAAAACUACGAAGUUUAUUGUGGAGAUAUUCAAUAUCACAUUGAUCCUCAAGAAUAUUUCAGAUUGUUCAGAAAUACACCUAAAAUGGAAUAUAAGAAGAAUUGCGUUAAAGCCGGGAAAGAAAAUUGGAUUGAAUGUUUGAAUUUCGUGGUUCAUGAUAUUGGGAGAGAUCGGAAAAUUGUUAGUAGUGUGAGAUGUUUCGAUUACGAAGAUGUGAAGAUUCUGAAGAAAUAUCAUGAUUCAAUUCUCGAUUCUCUUCAAGAACUUCUAGAUGUUUUCGUCGACGCGAUCAAUCAGAACAAUCAGACAAUUUAUGAAGAAAUCGCAACUUUUCCCUAUCCAACUCUCGGAUACCCCAAAAAUAUGCCUAAAUUAAUCAUCCGCGAUGGCAGUUUGAUACAAAAAGAUUUGAAUGUCACAUUUCAUGCGAUUGCCGAAUUUACGGAUUUGGAAUAUUCGGCCAGGAGGUUGGAUGGAAAAUUGGUUUUGAUUGAGGAAAAACGAGAGGAUGAUUGGGUUAAGAAAUAUGAAGAGGAAUGGGAGAAAUUGAAUAUUGAUUGA